AUGAAGCUGUUCAUAUUGAUCAUUGCAUGCUGCUUUACCCUGGCUCAAACAGCAACCGAAGUCACCCGCGCACGUGCCUACCUGUUUAAAGCGGUCAAAGGCGGGGCACCGAACCAAAGUGUCGGAGUCAUUGAUUUCAUCCAAAAUGGAAACUCUUUAUCGUUAAACGGGACAAUCGAAGCAGCGCUUGGUCUAGCGCCGGGUCUCCAUGGCUUCCAUAUUCAUGAAAAGGGUGAUCUCGGAGACGGUUGCCUGGCCACUGGUGCUCACUACAAUCCACACAAAAUGACGCACGGAGCCCCAACCGAUAGCAAUCGCCAUAUCGGCGACCUAGGCAACAUUAAUGCGCCGGCCAGUGGAAACCUUGACAUACGCGUCGCCGACACGCUGGCAUCUCUGAACGGCCAAUUCUCCAUCCUGGGCCGCGCCGUGGUUGUACACGAAAAAGCCGAUGAUCUGGGAAAAGGCCAGAGUGACCUCUCGAAAACCACUGGAGAUGCUGGAAGCCGAUGGCACAGGGAUCGUCGAGGAAGAAUAUGUAACAUCAACUGUUCCGACUGCAUUCGACGACAGUACCAAAUCGGCCUCUUAUUCGUUUGCAAAUUUAUUUUCCUUAUUAGCAAUCAUUCAAUACAACCCGAAAUCAUGCAUGGAUGGCGCCGACGAAUCAAGAUGGGCCUUCUCCUGCUAUAUGUGAUGCUCGGAUUACUCAUUUGCAUCGAAUAUCAAAGCAAAGAUCCAUUUAGUAUAAUGAGGGCACCAGAAGCUAGUCUACCGGUUAUUCGAUAUAAAAAUUAUUGUGUGAGACCGAAUGUUUUGAGGAAUCGCGUUUCCGAGUUCGAUCGAAUUGGGUUGAUUCUACACACAAGUGUCGAUUAUUUGGAUGAAAAACUAGUCCGACAGGUGGAAAAUUGGGCGGCACCUGUAUCCCUAUCGGUUUUCCUUGAUGAUCCAUAUCAUGAGUAUACAUGCUUUCAGAGAUUUGUCUGUCCUAGCCCAAAUGGC